GCGCAGGGCAUCGCGCGCAUCACUCUGUGCGAGUAUAUAUUUUCUCCUUCGUGAGCCUUAUCGAUCACAGCUCCUCUUCUCAGUGGGUGCUUGUGUGUAGAGCUGCAGAUGUGGCGACGAGGUAGAUUGCUGCUGUCGCCGAUGCGGCGCGGCUCCAUCGCCGGCGUGUCCGCUGCGUCUACCGGCAACGAUCCCACCCCCACGUCGUUGCCGUCGUCAUCAUCACCGUCCACGUCGUCUCCCACCACCACCACUGCCGCUGCUGGUUCUGCGACUGCUGCAGCGGCGGAACGCUCGUUUCUUCGAAAUCUAAUCCCCAUGCGGGUCUACGCCACCGGUCUCGCCUCCGCCUACCUCCGCCACGCUUUUCUGCAGCAGGAUCGACUCAUCCACCGCUUCCUCGGCGCGCUGGAGCAGGUGGCCCUGCCGUCGCCGCCGCGCAUGCUGCUAGCCGAAGGUUUCCAACGCAUGUUGGAGGGCGAGUCCCCGCAGCGGGAGCUACGGGAGCUCUUUGAAGCGGCGGAAGUGGAGAGUCGGAAGCUGCUGCUGCAGCUAGACGUGAGCGGCACCGGCGAGGCGGUCUACCGCAGUCCACAGACGGAUCCCCGCGAGCGGGCGGCGUGGCGUGCGGUGGCGGUUGAUCCGCUAGCGCGCGUUCUCGCGUACGAGCUGCGCGCCGCGGCGGGCUACUACGCGCGGUUGAUGUCCGUCUCGAGCGACCCAAACACCCCCGCGGCGGUGCAGGUGCGGACGAUCAUCGCGUCUGACGUGCGGACCGACGACUUCUUGGUGAAGACGAUGUUGGCCUUCGACGACUGGGCGCGCGACGUGGAGACGGGCGAGCGGGUCGGCGCGCCGAUGCCGCCGGCGAUCGAGGAGAUGGUGAAGGAGCUGCUGCUGCUGGAGCGGGAUGCGUUUGGGGUCUUCCGCUUCGACCCGCGCGGCGACAACCACCACCUCGUGCAGGCGCUGAAGCUGAAGGACGUCACCAAGACGCCGAAGUCCUUCUCGGUGCUGCUGGACCCGGUGAUGCAGGCCUACGGCAACUUCUCGCUGAAGGUGGAGGAGAUCUACACCGGUCGGUGGAGGCAGUACACGCUGCACUGCGCGCCGGAGGACCACCGCAUCGACGCCGCGCUUCCGCUCUUCGAGACGGUCAUCGCGAAGGACGCCAUCACCGACGGCGAAGUCAGCCUGCUGGUGCGCUACGAUGAGCCGAUCUGCUUUCGCCACAAGGCGGCGUCGAAGGAGGAGAAGGGCGGCUACGGCCACACGGAGGUUUUCGAGUUGGCGAUGGAGAACCCGAACCGGACGUACUGGGAGAAGUACUUUCUGGACCGCUGA